AUGCCUCAGGGAAAGAAGCGAGGUCUCGACAAAAAUGAAUCUGGGAACAAAAGCAAAAAAUUAAAAGUGUCCCAUGACUCCCACAGCUCGGUCCAGGGUGUUGUUCUCACAUGUGGUAUGGGGGAUGUCGGCCAGCUUGGCCUGGGAGAGGAUAUCACAGAGCGUACACGUUUUGCUUAUGUAGACAUCCCUGACCCUGUGAUCCAGGUUUGUGCGGGCGGCAUGCACACGGUGUGUCUCACUAGUACCGGCCAGUUAUACACGUUUGGGUGCAACGAUGAAGGUGCCCUGGGUCGCGACACCAGUGUGGAAGGUUCAGAAACACGGCCAGGGAAGGUCACUCUCCCAGCGCCAGUUGUGAUGGUGUCAGCUGGAGACAGUCACACUGCGGCUCUAACUGAUGAUGGCAGGGUGUUUGCCUGGGGAAAUUUUAGGGAUGCCAACGGAUCGAUGGGGCUUACAGUUAAAGGUAUCGAGAAAACACCAGUUGAACUAAUCCAGGAGGAGGUCAUUAUCAAAGUGGCAUCAGGAAGUGACCACCUGGCAUGUUUGACAGACAAGGGAGAGCUAUUGACUUUAGGAUGUGCCGAACAAGGCCAGCUAGGAAGAAUAGCUGAGUGUUUUGCGACUCGCGGCGGUCGUAAAGGACUUGAUGUGAUUCUUUCUCCUGGUCGAGUCCGCGUCAAACGACACAAGUCUCGCAAACUUGCUCAGUUUUCUGACGUAUGGACAAGUCAGUACACAACGUUUGCUAAAGACAGAGAUAAUGGAGAUAUUUAUUCUUGGGGGCUUAACAACUACUAUCAGCUCGGUGUUGGUGAUAUGGUCAACAGGUUUAUCCCAGAACGGGCCAAAUGGUUCUCAGAGAAUGGACCCUGGUCAAUGAUCAGCGGAGGUCAGCACCACACAGUGGCUCUACACAGUAAUGGCAAGGUCUACACUCUGGGCAGAUGUGACUACGGUCGUCUGGGCCUGGGCAAGAACGCCUGUGAGAUGAUGGAACCAGCUCUGGUGCCCGCCUUGAGUGAGUUCACCUGUGUCAGUGUGGCAGCCGGUGGAUGUGUCAGCUUUGCUAUUACAAGUGAUGGUUCCAUCUAUUCCUGGGGUAUGGGCUCCAAUAACCAGCUAGGGCUCGGCAGUGACGAAGACCAGUUUGUGCCUGUCAAGGUCACAGGGAAACAGUUGGAAAACAGGUCUGGACUGAUGGUUUCCUCGGGAGGCCAGCACACAGUGGUCCUAGCCAAGGAUCGACAGAACGGUGUUGAUCACUGA